AAGAAAUGUCUGACGUGCACUCGGCGUUUGCCAGACACGAAGAUGUGUUCAUGCUAAGCAGUUUCCGCACACCCAGGAACACCAGACGGCCUUUCGUCCUCAUGCUGGCUCAGAGUCCACAAAGCAGGACUCAGUUCGAGCUGUCAGUGGACUUUAGACAGCCGCAAGUGAUUGUACAGACCAUCGACCAAGAUGGACGUGAGUAUCAGCUGGGGUUCCCGAUACGUGCUCUGCAGACAGACGAGAGAACCGUCUUGCUGGUGGUGUUUUCCAGGUUAUCGCAACCACACAACAGUGUUGGACUGUUCUUGGACUGUAUGGACAUGGGGGUUGAUCAGACGGAAAUCCCUCUCCGUCGUAUCUUUGCCAAAGACAUGACAUUUCGAACGACCACAGCAUUUCAAUGGCAUGUAGGGAAAUCAGUCUCAGAAAUGCUGGAAAUUAUGGGAUGCCCAAAUGGAACUAUACGAGCCCCGGAACCAACAGCAAGACCAGUUCUAGAAGUUCCUGAAUGGUCACGACAAAGAUUUGGAACCCAUGACCGACAGUCUACUGAAGAGCCAAGUUCGGUUAACAUUGGAAGUACAGCAAGCAGCAGGAUCAACACAGCGCAGCAGCGCCUGCCUGAUCCAGUGCGACACGAACCGAUUCCUAGAAGAUCCACAGAACAGCAGAGAUUCCCUGACCUAGUGCCGCAUGAGCCAGUUCCUAGAACAACCACAGGUAAAACUCGGAUAUGUAAAGGAAGUUGUGGAUCACUGCAAACCGCCAUACAAGAACUGACUCGAACACUGCUAGAAAUGAGGAUGGAGCUAAAGAUGCAGACGCAAGAAACUAGGGCUAUGCGAGAAGUUUUGGCUUCAUGUGACUUAUGCAGAAACCGUAACGAUGGCCGACCACCCACGCACACUGUACGGCACUGUUCCUCCAAUCCGUGCUUUCCGGGAGUUCACUGUUUGGAUACAGAGAGCGGUUUUAAGUGUGGACCCUGUCCUGUCGGUCACCAUGGCGACGGAACUGCUUGCAGGAGACAGACGACCUGCGCGGAUAGGCCAUGCUACCCAGGUGUACGCUGUGAAGACUCCCAGAGAGGAUACAGGUGUGGAUCGUGUCCUUUGGGAUUUGUAGGUGAAGGAACUCGGUCUGGCUGCCGCCCGGAGAGGAGCACAUGCAACUCCAGACCCUGCUUCCCGGGAGUCUCUUGUGAAGACACAUCUACUGGAUUUAUAUGUGGCCCUUGCCCGCUAGGGUUUACCGGGAACGGGACGCACUGUUAUGAUAUAAAUGAGUGCCAGCUGGGCAAUCCAUGCGAUAACCUCACCACCUGUGAGAACCUAAGUCCUGGUUUCAGGUGUGGUGCUUGUCCACCUGGGUACACUAGCCCUGAAGUAAGAGGUGUGGGUCUCGAAGCCGUGCAGGCAGUUAAACAGGUGUGUCAAGACAUUAACGAGUGUGCUGAUGGCAACAAUGGUGGCUGUGUGGAGAAUUCCCUAUGUACAAACACUCCGGGUUCCCGAAUCUGCGGCCCAUGUCUAGAAGGAUAUUCUGGCAAUCAGUCAGCUGGUUGCCACAGAUCGGCCAACGUGUGUCCCGAUGGUACCAAGUGCCAUGUCAACGCUAAAUGCAUCCGCAAACGUGGAAGUGCUGGUUACUCUUGUCAGUGUGCAGUGGGCUAUGCAGGAGAUGGGCAGAUGUGUGCUAGAGACACAGAUUUGGACGGGUUCCCAGAUAUAGAAUUGUCAUGCGAAGACAGGAGGUGUCGACAGGACAACUGUCCACUAGUGCCCAACCCUGACCAAGUGGACACGGAGAGAGAUCCAGAUCAACGAGGCGAUGCUUGCGACAACUGUCCCACUGUUCCUAACCCGGACCAGACAGACACCGAUGGGGACGGUCUUGGUGAUAACUGCGACCCAGACAAGGAUAAUGAUGAAAUCACAAACGAAGAUGACAACUGCGAGCUUAUACCCAACCCUGAUCAAAAGGACAGAGACAAAGAUGGCGUAGGAGACGCUUGCGAUAACUGUCCUACUUUGCCCAAUAUCGACCAGGUAUCGGAUGGAGACGGCAAGCAGGACGACUAUGAUAACUGUCCGGAGAUAGCAAAUGCUGAUCAGAAAGAUACAGAUAGUGAUGGCAUUGGCGAUGUUUGUGAUGAUGAUGAUGAUAACGAUGGCAUUCCUGACAUAAAUGAUAACUGCGUGUUUGUCGCCAACCCGGAUCAGGAUGACACUGACAAGAAUGGCAAGGGGGAUGCUUGCGAGGGUGAUAACGAUGGAGACGGUUAUCCCGAUGCCAUAGAUGUUUGCCCAGAUAACGGGAAGAUUUUCGCCACAGACUUCAGAGCCUACCAGACAGUCAUCUUGGACCCACACGGCGAUUCACAGAUUGACCCCAACUGGAUUAUCCUUAAUGAUGGUGCUGAAGUUGUACAGACUAUGAAUAGUGAUCCAGGACUUGCAGUCAGUUACAAUGCUUUUUCGGGAGUGGACUUCAGUGGAACGUUUUUUGUCAACACGGACAUUGAUGAUGAUUACGCCGGAUUUGUGUUCUCCUACCAGGACAGCUCAAAGUUCUACACGUUGAUGUGGAAGAAGCAAGCCCAGACCUACUGGCAGGCGGCACCAUUCAGAGCUGUCGCUGAGCCAGGAAUCCAGCUGAAAUUGGUAAACUCAGACACGGGACCCGGACAGAUUAUGCGGAACGCCUUGUGGCACACAGGAGACACGCAUAAUCAGGUGAAGUUAUUGUGGAAAGAUCCAAGAAACAUAGGAUGGAAGGAAAAAACUGCCUAUAGAUGGGAACUUAUUCAUCGACCUUCGCGAGGACUGAUCAGAGUACUUUUGUUUGAAGAGACUAAUUUAGUGGCUGAUUCUGGCAAUGUGUAUGAUAGUACACUUAAAGGGGGGCGCCUGGGUGUGUUCUGCUUUUCUCAAGAGAUGAUUAUAUGGUCAGAUCUGGUCUACAGAUGUAACGAGUUCAUUCCUAGAGGACUGCUGGAGGACGCCACUGACGAGCCUGACGAGGGCAGUGACUAUGUCUAUGACGAAUAUUAA